AUGAGCUUGAAUCUUAUUAUCAUUUUAUACUAUAUUUUAGGAUCGCCAGUAGACGUUUUUGUUGAUCUCCACGUGGAAUCUUUUGGAAAUAUAGAAGAGGCUAGCAUGGUAAGAGUGUCGUUUACAUCUGUUUAGCAUACAUUACAGGGGCCAUUUUUCCUCAAUGAAAACUGCUCCGCUUAAAAGGGAAAAAUGACAAGUGUUCCGGGCUAGGCUGCGUUCAAUAAUUGUUAAAUAUUAGAGAAACUUAAUUUAAUAUUACUGAUUUAUUAAUUAGUUCAAUUUAAUGCUAUCUAUUAAUAAAAAUAACACACAUGAGUUCCUUUUUUUGCCUUUAGGAAUUCAAGGUGUAUUCUUACUUCAAGCAGACCUGGUACGAUAAGCGUUUGGCGGGAAAAAUAAAUCGUACUGUGAACUUCAAAGCGGCGGACAUCAGAAAUGUAUGGACACCUGAUGCCUAUUGCUACAAUGCAAGGAUAACAAAUUUAAUGUUACCAAGCUCUGAGACGCACAGUAAGAUAUCACUUAGUCCUGAAGGAGAACUCGUCUACAGCCGAGGGUAGGUGCCCCGUAGUCUAUAAUCACACCAGAUUCAACAGUUAAGCACACACUAUCAUCUCCGCGGUAUGGCCAGCACCUUAAGCAUGCGCGCAGCCAUAUCACUUGGGUAGUGUCAGCCAUAUGGCCAGCUGUUCCGUCCUCAUCAGGACUCAUCAGAAUAGCAUUACCCCACGCGAAAGGUCUCUCUUACGAUAACUGCCCCCCCCCCGCCCCCCUCCCUUCCUUUUACUGUCGAGUUGGGGAUUUGCAAAAGCACCCCUUUAUUUAGCCCUUUUAGAGUGUGCUUAGUUGCUAAAUUUGCUCUUAAAGCUUGUUAUAACCGGAAAAGGAAAGAGUUAUGUUCACAGCUGCACUGCAAACGUUUUCUUUUUCUGACUUUCAGGAUUACAUUUACGGCGUCUUGUUUUAUGGAUUUACACAGCUUUCCUCAUGACCGUCAGUCAUGUUAUCUUAAGUUUGGGAGUUGUAAGUAUUUGCCCCUAACUAAACAACGGGCGCUUUCCAUUUAGUCAAAAUUUCCGGAAUUUCCGGUUCGGCGGUAAAUGGAACACGUUUCGUCGGUUCGUCCCACUGGAAAAUUCCCAGAAAAAGUGGAAAAUCUAAAAAGGUGGUCCCGUUUUCCCGGUUGGAAUUUCCGAACGGAAUGUCGUGUUCCAUUGACGUUUCUUGUAGUUUGUACCAGUUCCAGGUCCACGGUCGGGCACCCGGCCACGUACCGGGGUUUGCGACCAAAUGGAACAACUUUUUACCGAUCGGAAAUUCCACUUUUGCUACCACCGAAAUUUCCGGGUUUUUUUCGUAAAUGGAAAGCGCCCAACGUUCCUCAUUCCACUGUUUUACCAUUCCUACCUAACAAGUAAUAUUUUUGACCAGGACAUUAUAUAACAAGUGGACGAUCCAUUUUCAGUUAACUGAAAGACUAAAAAUGCAUCUCUGACAGUCCCUUGGAUCGUGGACAUCACUGAAAAGCAACUGUGAAGUAAUUGAAUAACUGGACAAAAAUAUCGAUUAAUUUUCAGUUUAUGAGAACAUAUUAUUUCCAGUUAAUGACCAGACGCAUCUGAGAUUAUUGCGUUUCCACUCCACCCCACUCUUCCCCGUAUAACAUGCUACUUCAUCUUGUACCAAUACACUACAUCUGGUUGGAGCAUUGAAAUGAAUUUCCGCCAAGUUUUAACUUACACAACGCCAUUCUAACUACUCCGUAAGGGGGCGGCCUUAAAAUAACCACAAAGUAUGACAAGGAAACAGUAACAGAUUUCAAGUAGUUUCCAUAGGAAGAGGGACAAAUAUUGAGGAUUCGUUCUCUUAGCUUAUUCUCUCUUAUUGGAGAGUGAUGGUGUGAACCAAGAAGAUCCGCUCAUUUACACCGGCAUAUAUGACUACCUUUGUUACCACUGUCUAAAUCUGGUCUAAAAGUGUCCGGUUAAGACAUCCUUUAAAGGGAAAUGAGCUCUCGGCCUUGCAAAAGUUACAACCACACUUCUCUCUUAAAUGCGUAGAUGCUUACGACGACAGUGCCGUCAUCUUAAAAUGGUCAGGCCAAGAUCUUCAAGUCAGUCAUGAUGACAUGGCUCAGUACGCAUUCCUGGGCGGAAAAUUUUCCUCUGAAUUGGAAAGCUUCUCAGGCGGUAUGUCAGGCCCGCGGGGGGGAGGGGGACUCCGCAUAUGAAAGGGGUGGGGAUGCUCGUCGGAAAUUUUGAAUUAAAGCCCUAAAGGACACCGAUCUGGGCGGAGCCAAGAUUUUUUUGACCCCUAAAAGAGACAGACAAUAUAUAUAUUUUUAUAUUUUUUCGCGUGCAACCCUAAACGAGGCCUUCACGGCUAAAUAUGAUGGCGUUUUGCCCAGAACACCCUAAGUGAGACCAAAAUCCGAAAUACCCCUAAGCGAGACGACGAGCAUUCCCACCCCUUUCAUAUGGGGAGUCCCCCCACCCCCGGCCGGUGAGAUUAAAAGUUGACCCAGGGGAUUUUUAAAUGCCAUUCACUUUUUUCUUCCAUCAAGACAUAAAAACGAUUAAUCACAACUAGUGUUUGACUAAUCUAUUGCCGUAUUAUUUGUAAUGGUCCACACAAUUAAGCAAUGAAGAUGGCGGCCAUUUUGAAGACGUCAUAAGUCCUUAGGAGAGCUCACAAAGAGUUCGUCAGAGGAUUUCUGUCAUAAAUAGGGAGCUUAAGCAACAACGUUUUUGAGCGACGCACGUCAACCGGAAGUGGCCUUUUUUCAUUUUUUUGACGGUGGUUUCGCGCAAAUUUUCAGUCAAAUCGCCUCUAUAACAGUAAAGAAGCUAAGGAAUACAAAUUUUAUAUCAUCAAGGCAUGUUAAGAGGGAAAAUACCUCACUUCCGGUUGACGUGCGUCGCUCAAAAACGUCGCUGCUUAAGCUCCCUAAUAUCACAACAAAAGGCUGUUGCAGCCACUGCACCAUUUGCCAUCAAGACAAGCAGUGGGAGAGAAACAACUUCAGAAUAAGAAAUUUAAAAAAAAUCGAAUUUCCAGUCGAAUGUGGGAAAUUAGCAAUCAUCACAAGGUUUGUAUUUCAGAUGUAACGCCAUGCAAAAGUUGUGUGAGUGUGUUUUUGCCUUUCGCCCUAUGUAAGAGAAUCCAAGACAGUCUUGGAUUCUUGAUUCCACGCUGUGGAUUCCGGAUAUUCCAACUAGGUCUUUGUCAGUGGAACUUUGAAUCCGGACUCUAAUCGUUAGUGGGAUUCCGGAUUCCAAAGCCCAGGAUUCCGGAUUCCAAAAGGAAAAAUUUUCCAGAUUCCGGAAUCUGGAUAUCCUUACUUGGGCCCUCCAAUAAAAUAGACUGUUUUCGAGAUUUUAGUUUUUCUUCAAAGCCAACACAUCCAAAUUUCAGUGCGAUCUAGAAACCACCAACAAGUGGAAACAUUUUGUUCGGAGCUCCUAGCUUUUGUCGCAGAGUGUACUAUGGAUUCCGUGUGGUCGCUUGAAAGCCGGUUGUGACCUUUAUUCAACCGUCACUUUGACAACAAGCAUUUUACAGACCAAUCAAUAGGAAAGGAUAGCUUCGAGUAGCUAGUUGGUCUGAAAUUCAGGCAUUUACAAGGACAUGGACUUUUAGCAUUGACGCCAUAUUUUUUGGUUGAUUGGUUGUUUUUGUUGCUUUAAUUAUGUUUGUUUAUUUGUUUGAUUUUGUUCUGUCUCCAGUCAACUACACCACAAUAAUAGUGACGUUCUCCUUCCAACGUCGCCUUGGAUUCUAUCUGCUCCAAGUCUAUGUUCCUGAUAUUUUGAUUGUUCUCUUAAGCUGGAUCGUGUUCUGGUUGGUCCCUGAUGACCCCGGGGCUCGUUUAACAAUAGGUGUCACCACAGUACUAACAAUAAUGUUCCUGUGUGGAGCCGUAAACGUGUCCUUGCCUCCGGUUAGUUAUGCCAAAGCAAUGGACUGGUACCUAAUGGUGUCAUUUGCGUUCGUGUUUUUGUCAGUUAUUGAGAGCCUUGUAGUAUUUUUACUGUCUACGAAGCCACUUGGAAAAACCUCGAAAACAAAGGAAACGGUGAGUUUACUAUUCGGGGCUGAAUAUCAACACGAAUUGAAACCAUCUGCUAGUCAUGCUGUUCAAAACCAGCUAGCCUGUACACAGACGUUGUUUUAUUUUUCUGUUCGUUCUUUUCGAAAACAUCGGCGCCCUUGCGUUUGGCGGUCAAUAAAUUCCUUUCGGUUUAUAUUUUAUCACCCGCGUUCCACGGACUUUGAAGAGAAAAUUGGGGGUCUGUGAACAGGCUAAACUCAGCAACCUAUAUGGAACCUAUAUAUAAUAUUUAAGUGAGCAAAUUGGGUAUUUCUGGAUUAACAAAAUGAGUGAUACAUACCUCUAUUGUUCAUAAUUAUUUGACGAUUUUUUUUGCUAGAUUAAUGAAUAAACAUGAGCGUUUAUCAAAUUUAAAGCAUGAGGCUCAGUUAAGUGUUUUAGGAUUGACAAAAUAAGAAAUAAAGUUUAUUAAAUGACCAUGUUUUUUCAACAAGUGUCAUCACCUGGCUGAGUGAGAUAAAAGUUGACGACAGAAAACUACAAAAGACAGCCACACUUUGAAAAUUAAAGAAUGCAUGCUGCAGCAGUAGCAGUGGUGUUAACUCAAUAGGAUUUCUUGUUUUGCAGAAUAGCCAUUCUUUAGAAUCGAAGAUACUUUCGUCACUCAAAGCUCGCCAAGGAACCUUUCGAAAAAGUGCAACAAACAAAGGGACGGAUGUCGAGGGUCAUUUGCUGGAGAUGAACAUCGUAGUUAAGGACCGAACACUUCCCAUGUCGUUAGAGGAUAUAAGGAUCACGGGGGAAAGACAAUGUUAUGAAGCAGUCAUGCGUAGGAACAAAAAGAUUGCCCACCGCAUUGAUAGAAUAUCUCGGAUAUUGUUCCCUAUCGCCUUUGCGAGUUACACACUUGGCUACUGGCUGAGCUAUUCGUAA